GUGAGUACUCUCCUCCUUCACUGUUUCCUGCUUCCUUCUCUGUUCUCACAUUAACACACUCUCCUCCGCACACUCGCACAUCUUUUCAGAAGCUCUCUCAGCAUGGGGAACUUUGCAGCCAAUGAGGGACUCUCUAUCUUUGUCAUUCUGGUGUGGCUGGGGAUCAAUGCCUUCCUGUUUGUGCAUUUCUACAUGGCCUUCCUGGUGGAGAGAUGGUUUUACACCAGAGUCCUGCUGGGGCAUGCUCUGUCCUGGGCCAGAGCUCCCGCCGCCUGCCUCAACUUCAACUGUAUGCUCAUUCUGCUGCCAGUCUGCAGAAACCUGCUGUCCUUCCUCCGAGGCUCCAUCCAGUACUGCAGCCGCACCGCAGCUCGACAACUCGAUCGAAACAUCACUUUUCACAAACUGGUGGCAUACAUGAUCGCCUUUCAUACAGCCGUGCACAUCGUCGCACAUCUGUUUAACUUUGAGUAUUUCAUGGACGCCCAGCUGAAUCGAAACAGCAGCUUUCUACCCUACAUCCUGUCUGAAAUCGGCAACGGGAACAACACCUCCUACUUGAACCCCAUUAGGACUAAUGAGACGAACCCUACCAUCAUCAUGUUCACCACCAUCGCCGGUCUGACGGGCGUCGCCAUCACGCUUGCCCUCAUCCUCAUCAUCACUUCGUCCAUGGAGGUCAUCCGCAGGUCGUACUUCGAGGUGUUCUGGUACACACACCACCUCUUCAUCAUCUUCUUCAUCGGGCUGGUUUUCCACGGCUUCGGGCGUAUCGUGCGAGGACAGACGCUGACUAGUCUGAACGCAAGCGACCCCAAGGCUUGUGCCGACCAGUUUGAAAACUGGGGAAAGAACGGCUCCAACUGCGCCGUCCCGGUGUUCGCUGGAAACCCACCGAUGACGUGGAAGUGGGUGGUUGGGCCCAUGAUCCUCUACGUGUGUGAGCGCCUCGUCCGCCUCUAUCGAUCCCAUCAGAAAGUGGUCAUCACAAAGGUGGUGAUGCACCCGUCUAAGACUCUGGAGCUGCAGAUGAAGAAGAAGGGUUUCCACAUGGAGGUGGGUCAGUACGUCUUCAUCCAGUGUCCGUCCGUCUCCAGGCUGGAGUGGCACCCGUUCACCCUGACCUCCGCCCCCGAGGAGGACUACUUCAGCGCCCACAUCCGAAUCGUCGGUGACUGGACCGAGGCGCUGUACCAAGCCUGCGGGGGGGACAAAAACGAGACUCAGGAGGCCUGGAAACUGCCCAAGUUGGCCAUUGACGGCCCGUUCGGCACAGCCAGUGAGGACGUGUUUCGCUACGAGGUUGUAAUGCUGGUCGGCGCGGGAAUCGGCGUGACUCCUUUCGCCUCCAUCCUCAAGUCUGUUUGGUACAAACGCAUCCAGAACAACCAGGAGGUCUUCACCAAGAAGAUCUACUUCUACUGGCUGUGCCCCGAGACGCAGGCCUUCGAGUGGUUUGCAGACCUGCUGCAGUCUCUGGAGGGUCAGAUGACGGAGAAGGACAUGGCCGACUUCCUCAGCUACAACAUCUACCUCACCCGCUGGAAGGAGGCCGAGGCGGCUCAUUUCCGUGUUCAACACGAGGCGGAGAAAGACCCAAUCACAGGACUCAAACAGAAGACUCAUUAUGGGAAACCAAACUGGGACAAUGAGUUUGCCAAUAUAGCAUCACAGCACCCGGGAACUAAAGUGGGCGUGUUCCUGUGCGGCCCACCUGCGCUGGGGAAAUCCCUUGAAAAACAGUCUUUGUCUCACUCCGAGGCCAACGUCAAGUUUAUCUUCAACAAGGAGAACUUUUAAAAGAGACGUACAGAAAACUCUCCAAGUCGUGUACUGAGCACGACGAUGAUGCGCUCUCACUAACUUUUAGCAUUCUGAACAAAGAUUUACAUCUGUCACUUCUUCUCCUCUGUGUUGCUCACCGAAAAACGUUUUGCAAAGAAGCCGUUGUUGCUCAAAAAGCGACGAAAUAACCCUGCGGUGUUUUCCACAUUCCCCCUCUUCUCCUUUUUCUCUUACAUCAAAACUGAAACUGCUGCUUUCAAAACUUCCUAUUUUUGUUUGACUUCCUUUGCCGGGGCGGAGGAGCGGCCUCGAGUGCCCUCGAGCAAGGCGUUAUUAAAGCUUGGCCUGUUACAGAGGAGCUACAGCAGCCGUACCUGCAAAGAGACAGAAUACAAGGAAAGAGCAGCAGCUUCUGGAACACCUGCACGCUUUCUUUUAGUGUAUAUAGUAUAAGUUUACUCCGGCCAUUUCAACACAAUGUGCUGCUCGUUUAAUCCUGCAUGAAGCGUCGUCAUAUACUCAAAUAUAUUCUCUGUUUGCUCUGGUUGUAAACAUUUCUGGAAAGGUGA